GGGUCCCUGUACGGCCUCCCAUUGCUGCUGUCUCUCAUCGCCACACUCUCGCCAUGUGCCACUUUCAUGUCUCCUUCACACUGCUGGUGGGUUACAUUUUGUCCAUAGGGAUGCUGUAUGGCCUCCAUUGCUGCUGCCUCCACCGCCACACUGUGGCUCCACACUAUGGUUUUGGACACGUGGGACUGCCAAAUGAGUGAAGUGUGCGGUGAUUCUAGAUCGACGGCACUCUCUGCAUGUUCAUACCUGGACUGACAGUAAUUUUUUGCUCUUCCCCAGCAGACUACAAGGGCAUUUAAAAAUUCAAAGGUACUGUGUUCUGCACUAAUAUAA